AUGGAAUUCCCCUCAUACCGAAAGCUCCCUUUUGAGAUUCGUCGCAAGAUCAUCAGGGAGGCUGUAGCAACCCGCAUCAACGACGCCCAUCCUCGCAAAGCCGGUCUGGCCCACUGGGCAGCAUCCAUCGACUCUGAUUGGAACCAAGUCAUUGAGAGUGUUGUGUUUGAGAGCAUCAGAACUCACUCAAAUGAGCUCCAGGACUUCGAGCGCAUCUGCGCCAGUCGACAGGACUUCAUUAGAAAGCUCACCUUCGAGUUCGUCCCCACGUCGGCCUCCCCUCGGGCGAAUCAGCAAAUGGUCGAGGAUGCUGUCUCCAAGCUCUUUCACGCCCUGAAGGACUGGACUCCCGCGGAGAAACCAAGUCAUCUCCUCAAAGUCUCCAUGGGCAUCAUGAUUGAGUCAAUUCGAUGUCGUCAGUUUGUGAUGAUGCCUCCCAUCUCCUGCUCCUUUACGAACUUGCCGGAGGUGCCAGCAAUCGGAAGGAUUUACAUCAAGCCGUCAGUGCAUUUGACUUUGUGCCACCAGUCGGUCCAAGCUCUCUACAGCAAGCUUCCCAACCUUCACAGCAUUCAGUUUGGCCUGCUGAACACUGGCAACUUGCGACAAGACAUCGUCACAUCCCGAGUCCAGAUAGGCUCAUGCCAUGCUGGCAACCCUUCCCUGACAAAACUGCGGUUCAGGCAGGAUAAGAUGCUUCACUUCGUCAAUCCCAGACAACGACAAUCUCGACAGGACCAAGUUCUCUUGGCAACAAAGGUGUAUCCUCAGCUGUCCCUGUGGCACAAUACCUUGGUUUCCCUGAGUAUCCACUGUCACAUCGAUCCACCCCAGUUCCUCUGGAUGGCCAGCAGGUCAGCUUGGCCAAAUUUGGCCAAGUUGGAUCUGAUUGGACUUCUGGAUGCGGGCGAUAUCAUCUCUACCAGACAAGGGGCCCCCGUGGCGCGGGCAGACAUUCACCUUCUUAGGGGACUCAUUGCCUGUCUCCCAAAGAUGCCGGAGUUGACAACCCUGAACAUGCUGUUCUCACAAGUCUCGAAUCGCCGCCUUCGCAUGCAGAUCGGCGCCAGAACGGAUACAGAGAAAUUCAUCUGCAAGCCGUAUCAGUUCAAGCGUCCAAAUGGUAACCAGCGCCCGCUCACGCCCUGCAGUCCUUUGGCAGCCGACGGCGCCAUGCUCAAGACCCACCAGAUCGACCUGCCAGGUGCGCUGGUGACAGAGAUUCAGGACGCCGUGAGGCAAGCCCGCGGACUGGACCUGGCCGUGUUUCGCUGCUCGGAUGAUCUCGUAUGGAUUGAUUACCCUCCUGCCUGUACGAAGUGGAACAGGAACUCCACCUCUUGGGAGCCGGUGUUCUUCAAUGAGAUGGAUGUGCUCAUCUACCGGAUGGGCGAGUAA